CUUUUGCCUUAUAGAUCGUCCGACAGAAGGUCAUGACCGGUCAAAGGUCAUUCAAGAUGGCGGUGUGUGUGGCAGUCAUUUCUAAAGAGAACUACCCCCUGUACAUCCAGACGAUCCCCACAGAAGACGAGCUGAAGUUCCACUACACCGUCCACACCUCGCUCGACGUGGUGGAGGAGAAAAUCAACAACGUCGGCAAAACUACCAACGACCUUCGCGAGCUGUACCUGGGCCUGCUGUACCCUACAGAGGACUAUAAAGUGUAUGGCUACGUGACCAACACAAAAAUCAAGUUUGUGGUGGUGGUCGAGUCGUCCAACACGGCUCUGCGAGACAACGAGAUCAGAACUAUGUUCCGGAAGCUGCACAAUGCUUACACGGACAUGGUGUGUAACCCUUUCUACACACCUGGGGAUCGAAUUACAUCCAGGGUGUUUGAGAAGGUUGUGAACGGGAUGAUGCUGCAGGACAGCUGAUUUUGGACGAUCCUGGCUGCCGAACUGAGCUGGACGUAAGCGGGUCGACAGUCUGGCUGCUGAUGUGAACUGGACAUGCUAGCACAUCGGCAGAACGUACUGUGCCUGCGCGAAACCAUGAUUUUUCAGUAUUUGUUGGAUGUUUGGUCACCGUUGCAUUCGAAUUUUGGCUGUUGCAGA